UUCCCUAUGUGAUUUCUGUCACAUAGCUGUGCUUAAAAUAUUCCGUCAUGGCCUCAGGUUGGUUUUUGUUGGUUUGUUUUUUGACCAGGGUUUCUCUUUGUCUCCCUGGAUGUCCUUGAACUCGCUCUGUAGAGCAGGCUGUCCUGAAACUGAGACCCACCUGCCUCUGCCAUCCUAGUACUGAGAUUAAAAGCGUGCACCACCAUGACCUGGCCUGUUUUGUUUCUUUUCUUUCUUUUUUUUUUUUUUGAAACACUCUCCCAAACUGCCCUUGCUUAUCAAACAACUGGAGCUAACCUCUAAGGCUUAGCAAUCCUCCUGCGGAAGCCUCCCCUUGCUGAGCUGCAAUGUGAGAUGCCCAACUUGUCUUCUCUUUUCCUCAUGCUGGGAAAGCAGGUCCAAGAUGGACUUAAAGCAGAAUGAUUCCUAGCCUUUCGUGUGUGUUUCUGGUGACUGAACCUAGGGCCUCAUGCAUGCUGGGCCCGUGUUCUGCUGCUGUCCUCUUUUUAAUGGUUGCUGCCUUUGAAGCUACGGCUGUCCUAGUCAGCAACCACAGCUCUGCCGCUACCAGCGGCCAGGCUACAAGUAGCGCAGCCUGAGGAAAUUCUGUUCCCUCUGGCACCACACUUUCAGAGAGAACUUAUCUAAGUCUCCGUUCCCCCUAAAGAUCUCGUGAUUCGAAGGUUGAGGUAGAAUCUUGCUCCCUGGAGUCUGAACAGCGCGCAGCUCACCUAAUUAGCCUCCCUGAGCUCUUACCACCUGGCUCCACCCUACUCCUUCCCGUCAGCUAGUUGCUGGCUCAGCCUCCAGACUGCCGGUAAAUUUUAUUUAGUCAAACACAUCUUUGCAUCAUUAAACAAGUGUUCUGAGCAUAAAUAAAAGUAACACACCUUAAAAUAAUAUUCUACAACAGUCUACCACUGACCAGUUUUAACUUUGUAAGACAGGGUCUCCCUAAAUUGCCCAGGCUGGCUUUGAACUUGCAGUCCUGCCUCAGCCUCCUGAGUAGCAGAGGUUACAAGCCCUCACCGGGACCUGCUUUUAAAAGCUACCUGCUGGGGUUCCAAGAUGAUGUGGACAGAGGCACUCAGUGCCAAGAUGACCAACUGAAGUUGAUCUUUAGGUGGAAGGAGAGUACCAGUCUCACAAGAUGUCAUACACACUAAAUCAUAUUUUAAAAAUAAGUUAAACCAGCCAGGUGGUGGUGGUGCACACCUUUAAUCCCUGCACUUGGGUGGCAGAGGCAGGCGGAUCUCUGAUUUCAAGGCCAACCUGGUCUACAAGAGCUAGUUUCAGGACAGGCUCCAAAGCUACAGAGAAACCCUCUGGGGGGAAGGGGGCGGUGGUGAGGAGUAAAAGUAAAACCUAGCUCCUAAGGAACCGAGGCAGAAAGAUCACCCACACUUUCCCCCCAUCAUUCUGUUUGAAUGUAAGACACUGAAAAAUAAAGGUUUGGGGAUUUGCCUUUAUGGAUAGGCACUUAUUCAAGCAGGAGGACCCAGGUUCGGAUCUCCAGAACACACAAAGGCUGGGCAGAUUGUGCGUCCAGCUCUUGGGGAAUUGCUGGGGUUAAGCUGGCUAGCUAAAACUAGAAGAAUCAAUCAUUGAGCUCUGGAUUCAAUUGUGUAGCCCGGCCUCAGAUUUUCUGGGAAAGAUUCUUAUCCAUCAUUAGCUUCAGGCUUCCCCAGUAAUGCAAAAACAUAAAAUUAUCUUUCCAGCACACCCCCCCCCCCUUAAAAGAGCGAAACAAGGGACUUCCAGGUCAUGAAGAAUCCGGACUGGAGAACAACAAUCGGCCACCCUAGAAAUCUCACUCUCCACCCGAAAGCCCGCCCCCACACGAGAGGCUGGGCUUUGGGGCAGACCUGCUCCUUGGGAGGGGAGGUGGCAAAACCUGUUUGAAGAUGAGGUUGCCUCCCUUCCACACCUCCUUAGAGGCCAGAGCAACAGCUGAAACAGAAAAGGAAAGAGUGGUGGGGGCUGGGGUCACAGCCUCCUACCCUUCAUAAAGUGUUGAGAGAACUCGGGACGCCGAGGAAGAUGGGGACUGUGCAGGAAACGGGGAGACUGACGUUAGGAGGAGCAGGGGCUGGGGAGAAGGCAGGAGCCGCAGAGCCAGGAGCAGCCCUGAGACUCGGAGAGCUGGAGCUGAGGGAAGAGUGGCAAGACGAGGAGUUUCCCAGAUUGCUUCCUGAGGAGGCUGGCUCAGCUGCAGAUCCCGAAGACCCUCAGAGAGACUCACAGGCCGCCACAGGUACCCCCAGCACGCUGGCCCUGUGUGGCCAGCGCCCUAUGCGGAAGCGUCUCUCUGCCCCAGAAUUGCAGCUGAAUCUGACUGAGGGAAGAGGAAAAACUGGAGCUUCUCCCAACCAUUCCGAAUCUUCCUCUUCGGAUGGCAGCUUGGACCUGGAGGUGGAUGAGCUGGAGACACCAUCCGACUCCGAGCAGCUUGACAGCGGACAUGAAUUUGAAUGGGAAGAUGAUUUGCCUCGGGCAGAAGGCCUGGGGGCCAGCGAGGCAGCUGAGAGGCUGGGCCGGGGUUGUGUGUGGGACGUGGCUGGAGAAGACGGCCAUCGCUGGAGAGUGUUCCGGACAGGACAGCGAGAGCAGCGAGUGGACAUGACCGUCAUUGAGCCCUAUAGGAAAGUGCUCUCUCAUGGAGGUUACCAUGGUGAUGGCCUCAAUGCUGUCAUCCUCUUUGCUUCCUGCUAUCUACCCCCAAGCAGCAUUCCCAACUACACCUAUGUCAUGGAACACUUGUUCAGGUAUAUGGUGGGAACGCUGGAACUGCUGGUAGCUGAAAAUUAUCUGCUCGUUCACUUGAGUGGAGGCACACGCAGGGCCCAGGUACCGCCUCUGGGCUGGAUACGCCAGUGUUACCGCACCUUGGAUAGGAGGGGAUUAGGCACAGCUGCCAGAGAAAUUUGGAAGAGAGACACUGAGGAGCCUGCAGCGUUGAAGAUAGCCUACCUGUUCCAUGGACUAAGGCAGAACAGGGAACAUAAAGGUCAUAUUGGAUUCUUCCUCAGGCUUCGGAAAAACCUUCGAGCCCUGGUGGUUGUCCACGCUACGUGGUAUGUGAAGGCAUUCCUGGCACUGGUUCGGCCCUUUAUCAGUUCCAAGUUCACACGAAAGAUCCGAUUUCUGGACAGCCUUGGGGAGCUGGCUCAACUCAUCUCCCUAGAUCAAGUCCACAUCCCUGAAGUUGUCAGACAGCUGGACCAGGAUCUCCAUGGCUCAAAGACACCUAACACAAAACUGGACAAGGGGCCGUAGACUCAGGCCAAGAUGGUGAAUGCUCUGCACGAUGGAGCUGUUCUGUAAAUCAUCUCAUCCUGACCCCCCCCCCAAGUUCCACUGGAUCCCCGCUUCUGGACACUGCCUUCAAGCUGGGAUUUGAGGGUGGGAACCCUAUAUGUGGGGUGACUUGCACUUCGGCUUCCAAAAGGAAGACCGAGUGUGGUACUGGAAGAGCAGGGCUCUGGGUUUUAAUUCUGCUUUAGCUAUAAAACAUGUGGGUCUCAUAUUCCUUCUCUGUAAUCAAAACCUCUGGGAUCCUUCCCAGAUGGUUGUCUUAGCAGCCUUUUGAGGGGAGGUGGAGGGAAGGUGAGGGUUUAACCAACAACCACAGCCAGCCUGUCUGCUGGGAUCCCAGAAGCCAGCUUGCAGACUCUUGGAGAGCCAAUCCCUUAGUCUGCUCCUGUGAUCCUGGGAAGAAUUGCUACCAAAACUGGCGUUUUCACCCUUGUUAGUAAAUUCAGACCUGUGGCCUUUAAUAAACUGUGAUGAGAGA